UAGAAUGGCGGAUGAAAAUUCCUCUGAUGCUGCAAGUACAAGUGAAGGUGCCGGUGGAAGUUCAGAAUCAACAGUUGAGCUCAACGUGAAGACUCUGGAUUCACAGCUAUAUACUUUCCAUGUUGAUAGAAAUAUGCCAGUUCCAUUGUUCAAGGAGAAAAUAGCAAAUACAAUCGGUGUUCCUGUUGGGCAGCAACGACUAAUUUUCAGGGGAAAGGUCUUAAAGGAUGAUCACCUCCUCUCUGAGUAUCAUGUGGAAGAUGGGCACACACUGCAUUUAGUAGCAAGACAGCCUGCCCAGUCACAGCCUUCGUUUGGAACAGGCUCUGGAGAGGCCAACGGGAAUAGUGAUGUUCAUGGAAAUGAUGCUAAUGCUGGCGCUCCACGCAACCGGGCUGGACAAGUUUCACAUAGUGUAGUUCUUGGAACCUUCAAUCUUGGGGACCAAGGUGAAGGAGUUGUUCCUGACGUUACUCGGAUUAUUGGGGCAGUGUUGAACUCUUUUGGACUUGGGAACCAGACUGCCACUGCUGGGACUAGAAAUGUGAGUAUUCAGUCCAAUGAUUCUGCUCAGGCAUCUCAAGGUGUCGAAACAGAAGGAACAAAUAAUCUUGGUGGCAGGAGCCAGACAGAAAAUCAAGUCCCUCCUGCGCAGACACCUCCAAAUCACCCAUUCCUAUCUCUGCCGCAAUCUUUGCAAUUCUCUAUGGCAGGGGCCCCUAUACCUCCUCCACUCCGUGUGCCCAUUCCUGAUUCUUUGAACACACUUUUUGAGUUUAUAAACCGAAUGGAGCAGGCAUUAUCACGCAAUGGAUAUCAAUCAAAUUUUUCACCCACCAAUGUUGGGGAUCCAGAAAGAGUGGAGUUACCAUCUGAUGUGAGAGGAUUGCCAACACCCGAAACAUUAGCUGUUGUUGCUCGACGAGCACAACAACUUCUCAGCGGUCAUGCUGCAGCUGCACUUUCUCAUAUUGCAGGACGUUUGGAAAGAGAAGGAGCUUCUGCUGAUCCUGCUGUACGCAGCCAAAUUCAGACAGAGUCAGUGCAAGUAGGGCUAGCAAUGCAACAUUUAGGUGCUCUGCUUUUAGAACUUGGUCGCACAACUCUGACACUGCGUAUGGGGCAGUCACCAGCUGAAUCUGUGGUGAAUGCUGGCCCUGCAGUUUAUAUAUCUCCAUCAGGGCCAAAUCCUAUAAUGGUUCAGCCAUUUCCUUUUCAAACCAGCUCCCUUUUUGCUGGUCCUUCUCCAGCUACUUUUGUAAAUCAAGGAACCCUAGGCACGUUCGGUCCUGGAGAUGCCCCUAGAAACGUAAACAUUCAUAUACAUGCAGGUACAGCGCUUCCGCAUGGUGCAUUAUUAGUUGGUCCCAGGGCAUCUACUGGGGAAGGCAGUCAAGGGGAACAUCCUAAUGGGGCUGGUGCAGGUGAUUCAGGUCCUGCGCGGGUACUGCCUAUGAGAAAUGUCAUUGCAGCUGCUGUUCCAUCCCGAUCCUCUACAGAAGCAGCAGGUCAAGUUCGAAGUUUUUUCUACCCGGUCCAUGCAAGAUCUCAGCUGUCAAACUCUAGCACUAUGGUCCCUGGACAGGUUUCUGGUGGAACUGUAUCCAAUGAAGCACAGUCUGGUCCAGGUGUUUCUGUUUCACAGCCACCUUCUGAAUCACUUUCCUUCACCAAUGCUGUGGCUGAGUUAAACUCUGAAUCACUUUCCUUCACCAAUGCUGUGGCUGAAAUUAAUACACACCUUAGAAAUCUUGUUGAUAACAUGAGGAGAGAGAAUCAAGCUCCAUCAGGCCAAUCAGAAGCUUCUGCAAUUGAGGAUUCAUUCAGUGGAUCUGGCACUGGAGAUAAUGUAGGGGAUCGUCAGCAGGAAUGCAUUGUAACUGAUGAAGCUCAAGAGGCCAGUGUAUCUGGACGUGAUUGCAUUUCUGAUGCAAAAGGGCUGCCGCAGAUAAAGGCUGAGAAAUUUGAUGACAAGAAGCCCCAACCUGAGGGAGGUUCUUCAUGCUGCCCCAGUGGAGAAUCAACUGUUUCUUGUAAAUCAGUACUUGUUUCAGAGAAUGUUACAGGAUCAAGGCAGAGCCAUGAUCCUACCGAGAGUGCUGAGCAUGUUCCUUUGGGAUUAGGGCUUGGAGGUUUGCGACCCAAGAGACAAAGCGUAAAAUCGCAAGGGAAAGAUGCUGGGGGAACAUCCAGUGCACCUCCUGUCAAUCAUAGUCAAGAAACCGUUGCCAAUGGGCAGCGAGUUUUGCAGACUCUUUUGUCCCAGGGUUCAAAUGCAAAUAGGAAUGGCACAAGUGGUCCUUCUGUAGGGCAACUUCCUUUUGUGCUUGGACAGAUUACGGAGAGUAUGCCAUCAGAAGGCCAGGGUUCCAAUCGUCAAGUGGAUGCAACUAGUGUAAUGUCUCAGGUUCUUAACAGCCCAGCUCUAAAUGGUUUAUUGGCUGGCGUGUCAGAGCAAGCAGGGAUUGGUUCACCUGGCAUCUUGAGAAAUAUGCUGGAGCAAUUCACACAGAGCCCAGUAAUGAGGAAUACACUUGAUCAGAUUGCUCAACAGGUUGAAAGCCAAGACAUUGGCAACAUGUUUUCAGGGUCAGGUACUGGCCAAAGCCAUGGCAUGGAUUUUUCUAGGAUGCUUCAACAGAUGAUGCCAAUUGUGUCCCAGGCUCUUACAAGUAGUUCAAUCCAGGCAGAAUCUCUACAAACUGUCAACCCUGAACAGCAGCCACAAUGUAAUGAGCAGAGGGCAGCUAGUGAUGGCAGAUCAAAUGAUUGGAGUUCUGAGAUUGACCUCCAGCAGACGGCACUGAGGAUUGAGCGCGGUGAUCCACCUGCAACCGUCUUCCAUUCUGUGGUUGAAAAUGCUGCCCGAAUGUAUAGCAAUGGAAAUGGUUCUGAAGAUCUUGUAGAAGAACUGUGCAGAAACAGUGAUCUUGCUGAUGAAUUUAUGGAGAUGAUAGGCCACAAUAUCAGACAGCGACUUCAGGAGGAUUCUGGAUCUGCAGACUAACCUUCUCUAUGCCAUAAGCAUCAGAUGCUAGUUAUUUUAGCAACAAUGCCAUUAUUUUGGAACUCUUUUCCUCUUUAUACUC